ACAAAUCCUACUCCCUUCCUCAUGCCGAUUUCAGCGGCUAAGCUUGCCUUUCAUAAGGUUGUGCCAAGUAGGAAACCAGCUGCAUUUGCACAAGGAGGUGGCUGAAAUCAUGCAGCCUUUGGACUCGGAGAGAGGCUUAAUCAAAGUCAGCCAUUGUAAGAAAUAUAUCUUUGGUUCUUUUGUGCCCAAGCACUGUCCUCUGUGUGGGCAGAGCCUGAUCUGCAGGAGACUGGAAGAGGCACCUGUCAGUAUCCCCAGCCCGUUUGUUAAUGGACAUAGAGAAAGAUGUUCUUUUUUAUUUAAACCUACUACUGGAACUUUUCUAAGAGGGUAUGAUGGAAGUUCUGAUCUUCAUGUUGGAAUAACCAAUACUAAAGGUUUGGUGUAUAAUUACAAUGAAACUGGAGUUAACAUAGCUGAACAUGGGUGGGAACAAUGUGUAAGUGUCCAGCUAAUGCAACCUGACAUGUAUGGCCUGCUUAAACAAUGGGAUAUAUACCUGCAACAAUUCUCAGCAGCAGAAAUCUGGCUUCCGCACAGGUAUGAAGAACAUCUCCACAACUGUUACACAUAUGCACUAACAUUUAUUAACUGUGUGCUGAGUGCCCAAAAGAAGCAGCAAAUGCAUAAAAGUGACUUUACAGAGAGAUUUGUGAUCCCACGAACAAGGAAAGCUUCCAAGUAUAUCACCAUCUACAAGGAAGUAUGCAAGAAUGGCUUCUAUGUUGUUGACCACCCUGCUCAAGAAGAGGGCACCUCCACAGGGGGCCACUUGGCUUUAUUAUAAAGGAACUAGAUAACAACAAAAGUAAAAUCCUCAGGUUAAGGCAUUUAUACUCCUUGUUCUUAAUGUCUCAAGGAACACGGGAAGCUGGGGCAGUGAUACAUGCAGCAUGACUUAAUGCAUGUUUAUUUGGAAGGCAGUCCCAUAGAGACAGACAAGGAUCAUUUCAAAGAGUACAUAAGAUUGCAAAGCUUUGACACCUAAUGCACCCUUUCCAAUAAGCUUCUUUCGGUUUUUGUCAACAAUGACAUUUAGUAACACAAAACAAAAAAGACUUUAUUUGCAUUCUCAGAUGUUGAAAUUUAUUUAUUUUUUGCAUAUUGUGAGCAGCUUUUCAAAACCAUUAACUGUAUCAGAAAAGCUUUUCAUUCACACAUACUGCAGUAAAAUGUUGAUUGACAUAGGCUGAUAGGUGGAAAACUGAAAAUUUUCCAUUCUGGAUAUGUUUCUGAUUUAAAGCAAAUAUAGGUGAACUCAGGUUAUGGUCCCAUGCACACUUACUUAAGGAGUAAGCUCCACUGGACACACUCUGAUUUACGUUCAGGCUCUCGAACACUGAAGGCCUUUGAGAGGCACCUAUAUGUUUUAAGUUGGAUUCCUGCCUUGAGCAAGGGGUUGGACUCGAUGGUCGUAUAGGCCCCUUCCAACUCUGCUAUUCUAUGAUUGUAUGAAACAUGCAUAGGAUUCCUCUGUAAACCAGGUCCACCAUUAUUUACAUGCAUUCUGUAAACACUUCUUAGGUCCAAAGUAGGAAGAAACAAUUUGAUGCUCUGUAAUUUGUGAAACUGGAUUUCCAGUUUCACAGUGGCAGUAACUAUAACCAUGUUUAAGGAAUGGAGAAGCUUUAGCUCUCCAGAUGUUGUUGGGACUCCAACUCCUAUCACCCUAGCCAUCAUGACCAAUGGUCAGGAAUGAUAGGAAGUUUAGUCUGAAGCACCACAGGUUCCCAAACUGCAGCUUGGUUAAUUCCUACUGUAGAGUAAUUACCUGUACCAAAACUAUGCUAAAGAAAUAUCAAUACAAGCUGAGCUAACAACACAAUUUUAAUAUUUUUCUGUAUUGUCAAAAUAGCAUCAAAGAAUAGUUGUCAGUGUUCAACCUGGUUUCUUUUUUAAUCUUGUAUUGCUUUAUAGUGUAAUUUUAAAAAUGUUUGACUAUAUAUAUUGUAUGCAACAUGCACGGACAGCUCUACUGGAGUAAACAUUUUGACAUUUCAUUUAGUUUAUUGCAGUUAUUUCAAUAAGGCAGAAUUAUCCAAUUAUCCAAUUCAAUAAGGCAGAAUUAUCACAUCUCUUGUUCACUGCGCUCAUGGGAUGAGACCCAACGAUUUAAAAUCAAUUCCUUAGGAAAAAAGAAGAAAAAAACCCAAGCCACUGAUUAUUAAAGAUGUACUGUAUAAAUUAAAAAGUAAGUUCACUUAUCUCUAGCUAACACGAUAUGGAUUUUAUGUAGCAUAAGUGCUUUUUGGCUUACCUAUGGGAUAAAGCAUUAGUUCAUCAGUGCAGAGACCCAACACAAAAGCAUCCCCAGUCUCACCCACCUGUUCAUCUUUGUGUCCCUCCCUUUCCUUCCUUCAUCAAUCAAUCUCAAUCUCUCUCUCUCAAUCUCUCUCUCUCAAUCUCUCUCACACUCACACACACACACACACACACACACACACACACACACACACACACACACACACAAUGCCUAAGAGCUGAGGCAUGCAAAAUGUGAUUUUGAAUUCUCCUCACCCCUCAUCAUUAUUAUUAAUUACCCACCUUUCAGCAUAAAGUUCUAGGGUUUAGUAAAUACAAUCUAAAAAUACAGGGUGGUAUUCAAGGAUUUCCACUUGUGCUUUCCCCCCUUCCCCAUCCCCAAACCUGCUUCGGAGAACAGAAUUAGGGAGGGGAACGGGGGAGACUGUUCCAUUGCAUUGAUACAACAAGCGACUUAGAGCUACAUUGAAUACAACCCAAUAUAUUUAAAUCAAAUUACAACCACAAGAAUAGGGGGUGUCCUAAAUAUACAUAUAUAUAUCAGGUGUCAAAAGACCAGAGUAAAGAGGUGUGUCUUCAGCAUAUAAGGGAAAAUGCAUAAUGAACGUGCCGAACAUAUUUCUUUGGGGAGGGAAUUCCACAAAUUAGAGGCUGCCACAGAGGAUUCCCUCUCCCCUAUACUUCUGAGGGCAUGGAACUACCAAGAAGGCCUCCUCUGCCAAUUUUAAUACCCAAGAGGGUCCAUCGGGAAGGAGGUAGUCUUUCAGAUAUUUUGGGCCUAAGUCAUUUAAGGCUUUAAAUACUAAGGUGGGCACCUUGAACUGGGCCUGAAAAUGAACUAGCAACCACUGCAGGCAUUUUAAAACAAGUUAUAAACUCUCUAAAUGGGACCCCUGCUGCAUUUUGGGUAAGCUGAAGUUUCCAAAUCAUCUUCAAGGGCAGCCCCAUGUAGAGUGCCUUGCAAUCUGGACAUUACCAGAGCAUGGAGUACAGUUGCCUAGUCAUCUCUGUCCAAAAGGGGUUGUAGCUGGUAAGCUGGCAAGUAUCAUGCAUAUGUUCUUAAAACAGAUGGCCACCUAUGGUCUCCACCAGCAGUUUCCAACCUCGGGGUUGGGACUCCCAGAGAGAUCGCAAAGAGCCAAGAGAAGAAGUAUUUAUUAAUUUUUAAAAAUAAUUAAUGACUGGUCUAUUCACUGCUAACUUGCGAGCGUGCACUGCGUGCGCACACAGGUGCUUCACCUCCCCUUCCUUCCAGCUAGCACAAUCGGCUUCCGCCACACAGAGAGCUGAGCAGCAUGGCACUCGAGCAAGUGCACAAAGAAAAGGAGCCAGCUAGGCUUAUUUAAGCUCCAGCACCACCACCCUGCCUUUGCCAGGGGCAUUGAGGCAGGGCAGCGAGGGAAGGUCAGUGGAGCUGAUUAGCUCUGGCUGUAGAGAUAGAGGGACCCCAGGAGGGGGCCACCUGCCAAAAAAAUAACGGGAACGAGUCCUGGAAUGUUUCCCCAAGAAUGCACAUCUGGGCGCUCAUUAAAAAUUCACUGUAUAGAGAACUUAUAGUAAAAUGUAUACAUGUCUGCUCAGAAGUAAGUCUCUUCAUAUUUAAUGGGGCUUACUCCCAGGAAAAUCAAAUUGCAGGAAUCAGGCCAGAUUAAGAUUCUGUUGAAGCUUUGAAGAUGUACUACUUUGGGGGGGGGGCAUGGGGCUUUAUAGUACAAAGAUGCAUCAUUCUGGUUAAAGGAAAUAAAAAAUUAAGUCUAUAAUAUAAGAACUUGGGCUGCAAUCCUAAUCAGGUCUACUCAGGUCCUAUAGAAUUCAAUGCAGCAACAGCCAUUAUGCAGUAGGUUAGGGUGAGAGUUAGUGGCUGACACAAAGCAAAAAACACGAUAGGUAAAGUAAGUUUUAAAAAUGUGAAAUUGCACAUGCUCAGUGUAUUUUUGAUGCUGUUUUGAGUGUGUUGUUAUACAGUUGUAUAUGUUCAUUUUAAGUAUAUUUUAAAUUAUUUUUAAAAUAUGUUGAGUUGCCCAAAUUUUGUUGUUUUUACUCUUGAGUUCUUUGCAUGGCUUAGGAUUGGCAUUGGGGAAGAGCAGGGCUCUUGCGCCUUUAACAGCUGCAUGGCAGGCAGAAAUUAAACAGAGAUUAAGUUAACCCUUUUCUAGUUUGGAAAUACAAUUACAGGGAAAGCUUUACCUGUUGACAUUCUGUCUGUUAUAUUAUUGUCAUAUGGAGCUUCCUGAGCCGAGUGCUGAAGAGAAGACAUCGCUGUAUACAGGUGGAACACUUAAAACCAGAAUUCAAAUGCCCUGGCAUUAGCCAGGCGGUAUUCACCACUCUGGGUGGUUUAGUUAUAUCUUCUUCCUUUCAUUUCCUUCAAAAUUUGUUAAACGUUGUUUAUACUGCUAUAACCUGCCUAGGGACCUUCUGGUGAAAGGCAGGUAAUAAAUACUAUCAUCAUCAUAUUUGUUUUUGUGAUGAAUAAAAA